AUGGCAGCCUCCAAAUUCCACCCUGCUUUGGCUGUCACAAACAUCAAGAAUAAUAUCCCUAUUAUUCUUGAAAUGGAGACCGAUCAUUAUUCGGCUUGGGCCGAAUUGUUUAAGCUUCAUGCUCGAUCCCACCGUGUUCUAUCUCACAUCUUGCCUACUAGGAAGGAACAAGCACCUUCUAGUGAUGAAGAAAAGGAGAUGUGGUCGACGUUAGACGCCACGGUUCUUCAAUGGGUGUAUGCUACCAUCUCCACUGAUUUGCUACACACCAUUAUUGCUGAAGAUCUCACGGCAAAUGAGGCCUGGGAUCGCCUUCGAGAUCUUUUUCAGGACAACAAAAACUCUUGCGUGGUUACCCUCGAACAUAAUUUUUCGCAUGUCAAAAUGAGAGAUUUUCCUUCUGCGUCAGCCUAUUGCCAACGUUCAAAAACGAUGGCUGACCAACUGAAGAGCGUCGGAGCCCCCGUAACUGACAAUCGCCUAGUUCUUCAAUUGGUGACUGGCCUCACUGAUGCAUACAAAAACGUGGGUACUCUCCUUCGACAAAGCAAACCUCUUCCUUCCUUCUCUGAGGCACGUUUAAGCUUAUGCCUUGAGGAGAAGGCUUUGGCUGAAAUGACUGAUGAUGCACCGACUGCUAUGGUGGCUACAACCCCUCAAGACUUUGAUGACUCUUCCUCCUCUCAUGGACAAGCCCAUCAAAGUCGAAAUAAUAAUUCCAUAAAUAAAAAUGGCAACAAAAAAAAAACCGGCGGCGGUGGCCGUGGUUCUGGUCGCGGCGGUGGCAACCGUCGUGGUGGUGGUGGCCGUAGUUCCGGCCACAGUCUGCGUCCUCGGGUCCAGCAGCAGUGGCCACCUACUGUUGCUCCUUGGCAGUGGGGUUGGAUGCCACAGCGGGCUCCCCCACCCUGCCCAUUUCCUACUUCUCAAUGGGCGUGUCCCACUUCUGGGCCAAAUAGAGGUAUGUCUCUCCUGGGAUCUUGGGAUCUCAGCCUCCUCAAGCAUAUGCAGCAGCCCAGUCAGUUUCUCCUUAUGUUCCCACUGAUGUUGAGAAUGCUCUCCACACUAUGA